AUGCCCGCGUCCAACACCUUCGGCCCACAACACCAUCAGAACGUAGGAACUGCUUCCCGAUUCCUGCCCCCCAUCUUCAGCACGGGCUACGGGCACCGCUCAUCUGACAAUAACGAAGAGAUAACCCUCGAGGAUGAGCGACUCUGGAACCUGCCCCACAGCGCCUGGCUUCACAAUCACGACGUCUCCCUCAUACGCCAAUUCAAGGGAGAUUUGCUCCCUCUCAGCCAGUUCUGGGACGCGUUCAACCUCUUUUGCUCGCAGAACAACAUCCAGCAUGCUCACCGCGCCACCAACUGGUUCUUCGACUAGAAGUGGCAUCUUGAUAUCAAGGAGAGAGAUACUCGCCAAGCGGAGCGGAAGAAGGAGCACGAGCAGCGGAUGGAGGAGACGGAGGGGCCAGUGGCAGGGCCCUCCCUACUAAGCCAACAAACACCAACUUUGGGGGAAGACCAAGUGGUCUGAAAGGGGGGAAGGGUCUGGAAGCUCAUGGGGAGAAUUGGAGAUAGGAGGGAGGGGGGAAGGAGGUGGUAUUUUGGGCUGCUAUUUGAGAGUUUAAGAGGGAUUGUUAGGUGGCAGAUGGAGUUGCGAUGAUUUUUCUUUUUUACACACACAAAACAACAAAACAAAAAAAAGGACUGCCAAGGAUGCGAAAGAACACGGGUCAGGGUGUUUGCUAGGGAAUCAGUUAGUUUGCGAUGGUUUUUUUCAGUUUCUUUUGCUUGUAAUCUUUAGACAGUGUUGCUUUCAGGAAAAAAGGAGGCUUGUUGGCUGGGCGUAUAGUCUUUCAUAAAAGGGGGCGGAAACAGAGGUUGGCUGGCGA